AUGGUGUCGCCGUCCCCCAGACCGUCCUCCUCUAGCACUAGCUGCUCAGCUUGGGGUUCAAAUACCAGCUGUAUCCCCUCCCCUUCGACACAACACCAGCAACAGCAUUCGUACUUUCCGCCACAGCAACUACAGUUAACUGGUUCUCAGCGUCGGAAUAAUAACACUUCUACUACUAGCAUCAGUAUUCAAAGCUCCAAUUCGAAUAUAUAUACCAUCUCGCGCUCAUCUUCAACUGCGUCGUCGCCUACUACCACAAGUUCAAGCACUAUUACUACCACUACUACCACUACUACUACGGGCACGGCACUACCACUACCACAACCCCAAUCCCCAAGCCGCUCCCAGAACCAAAGCCAAUCCCACUACUACACCCCCCAAGCCCAUCCCCACCGCCACCCGCGCAGCCCAUCCCGCACCCGCACCUCUCCCACCCGCACCUCCCCCACCACAAUGCUUCCCAACCGCCCCACAACCUUCACACUGACCACCACCGCUCCCACGCCGUCCACACCCGCGCCCACCGCCUCCCCCUCCUCCGUACCCUCAUCGAAGCUGGCCUCAUACGCGCACUCGCUCUCGGCGCAGCAGCAGCUCCAGCUCCACCAGAAGGAGAUAAUCCACCAGGCCACGCGCAUCCCGCAGCUGCUGGGCACGGGACCAAUGUCGCCGCGCUUGAUCCCGCUGGGCAGCCCCGGGCCAGUGACGCCGCUGACGCUGGAGGAGGGAGAUGGAUUCUUUGCGGGCUUUGGAGGACAUGGAGGGUGUGGUGGUGUUGUUGUCGGACGGGGCGUAUAG